UAAUUUGAAAUGGUCAUUCCAAUCCUGGCCACUAGGUGUCACGCUACUUCAGACUGAUUUGGUGACGCAACCCUGGUUGAAGGAGAGGAAGAGAGGACGGCAGACACCGCACCUUCAACAAGGUAAAGCAUGGCAAUGACUGGCCCGAGCUCGUGCUCCUCCAUGAGUAACCACACCAAGGAGCGGGUCACUAUGGCCAAAGUGACCCUGGAGAACUUCUACAGUAACCUCAUCGCCCAGCACGAGGAGAGGGAGAUGAGGCAGCAGAAGCUGGAGAAAGUGAUGGAUCAGGAGGGUUUGGCAGAUGAGGAGAAACGAAUCCGCCGUUCUCAGCAUGCAAGGAAAGAGACCGAGUUUUUGCGGCUGAAACGGACUCGACUGGGUCUGGAGGACUUUGAGUCCCUGAAGGUGAUUGGCCGAGGAGCUUUUGGAGAGGUCCGUCUGGUGCAGAAGAAAGACACCGGUCAUGUCUACGCCAUGAAGAUCCUCCGCAAAGCCGACAUGCUGGAGAAGGAGCAGGUUGGUCAUAUCCGGGCAGAGCGGGACAUUCUGGUAGAGGCCGAUAGCCUGUGGGUGGUCAAAAUGUUCUACAGCUUCCAGGAUAAGAUGAACCUCUACCUCAUCAUGGAGUUCCUGCCUGGAGGAGACAUGAUGACCCUGCUGAUGAAGAAGGACACUCUGACGGAGGAGGCCACUCAGUUCUACAUAGCUGAGACGGUGCUGGCCAUCGACUCCAUCCACCAGCUGGGCUUCAUCCACAGAGACAUCAAACCAGACAACUUGCUGCUGGACUCCAGGGGUCACGUGAAGCUGUCUGACUUCGGUCUCUGCACGGGGCUGAAGAGAGCUCACCGCACCGAGUUCUACAAGAACCUGAACCACAGCCUGCCCAGUGACCUCAGCAAGCAAACCUUCCAGAACAUGAACUCCAAGAGGAAAGCAGAGACCUGGAAGAGGAACAGGAGGCAGCUGGCUUUCUCCACAGUGGGAACCCCCGACUACAUCGCUCCAGAGGUGUUCAUGCAAAACGGAUACAACAAGCUCUGUGAUUGGUGGAGCCUGGGUGUCAUCAUGUAUGAGAUGCUGAUCGGUUACCCUCCGUUCUGCUCAGAGACGCCUCAGGAGACGUACAGGAAAGUGAUGAACUGGAGAGAGACGCUGACCUUUCCCCCAGAAGUGCCUAUAUCUGAGAAGGCCAAAGACCUGAUCCUCCGGUUCUGCUGUGAGGAGGAGCACAGGGUUGGUGCUUCAGGUGUGGAGGAGAUCAAGUCCAAUCCUUUCUUUGAGGGGGUGGACUACGACCAUAUCAGAGAGAGACCCGCUGCCAUCCCCAUCGAGAUCAAAAGCAUCGACGACACCUCAAACUUCGACGAGUUCCCUGAUUCCGAUAUCCUCACACCGACAGUCGCCCCGGUGUCCAACCAGACCGAGGCGGACCUGAAGAACAAAGACUGGGUCUUCAUCAACUACACCUACAAACGCUUCGAGGGCCUGACAGCCCGAGGAGCUAUACCGUCCUACAUGAAGUCAGGGAAGAGAUGAGUGCCUCCACGCAGGCUUUUUAACCAACACCGCCGAGAAAAACCUGAAAAGAGUCGUCCAAACCCCUGCUGUCCGAGGAACUUCAGCCCCGAGAGGAGAACUCUGCGCGUUCUCUGAGGAUCCUCGUUCACCCAGGACUCCGCAAAUAAUAAAAGGGGGCUCAGUUUCAGCCGUUGCUUCUUCCAGGAACUGCUGCCUUCAUUUUAUGCAGUCUUCACUUUUCUCUGAUGCUUCUGAAGGGUACCUUUCUACUUCCUGCUCACACAUGAAGACUGAACUGGGAUUAAAGUGAUUGGGAUUCUGUCUCCGCUUGCCUUUUUUUAAUCCACCAGUGGAUGCAGUGGCACGUCUUUCACUCCCCGAUACCAGCAUCCAUUACAUUCCCUCUCUCCGUAAACCAGCACAGUUCUGUCGGACCUAGCUCUUCUCCUUCCGAAACCAGGACUUCCACUCCACUUGCCCUUUUUCAUGUUGACUCAUCAACUCAAACACCGUCACUUGAAGUGAAUCAGGGAUUCUGUCCAAAUGUUUCUCACUAUGAGGCUUCUCUGAAGUGCUGCUGGCUUCUGACCUUAACCAAAGACUGUGAUCUGAAUAAUGUUUCUGCUUGAUCUCUGUCACUUCUUUGUAACUUAGAAUUGUAUUUUAUUUUUAGGUCCAUAAUCACAAGUGUUGCUCCUUUUUUAAAAAGAGGACAUAUGAGUGAUGCAUUUUGUGGAACAAACACAAGAGUCUUGUUACAUUUUUCACAAUGACCCACUUACGUUAAUGCACCUUAUGUGAUGUUGGAUCCAGCUCCAGUACAGCAGAGUCCACAGCUCAUUCGUUAGUGUGUUUUGAAUUGGGUGUUUUUUUUAUUGUACUGGACAUGGGUUUGACAGGGGAGUGAAGGCACCAUCUCAGAACUGAAGUCACCAUUUUACAGUUUUAAUGAACAUGAUGCAAACUCAGAUUUAUUAUUAUUAUUAUUAUUAUGUCUAUCCAGGGUGGAGGAGUCUAGGUCAUCAUGGAAACAAAUGCAAGUCUUGUAGUCUUAGCAGCUGUUUAAAAGCAGUUUAAACCCACUCCGCCUAUUUAAAAGAAUACAGUACUGAAUGGAUUCAUAACCGUGGUGCAAACAUGUACUGCUGAACUCCCCACAAGUCAAAGCAUUCGGCUCACGUGGUCGGAGUGUGAACAAGAUUCAGCGUGGACUUACUUUUUUGAAUACAGACGCACAGGGCUAAACAUCUUCCAGUGAACACAAUAUCCAACAUGCUGUCAUUUAAAAAUGAAUGUAAAUGAAGUCUUAUAGAGAAAAGUUUUUUUUUGUUUUUAUGCCACAAUAAUUCCAAAAUGCUGUUGGUGUGAAUGUAGCCUGGAUCAUACAGUUUUUCUUUUUCUUUGUGUAUGUUUCCGAGCACAUGAUGUAGAACUAUGGAAGUACAUCUCUGCCAGGAAACAAAUAAACAAAAAUACAAAAAGUCAGGAAUGGUUUAAAAUUAAAAGACAUACAUUUAAAACCAAAUUAUGAGCCAAGAUUAAAUUGACUUUCAUUAUAUUGAUUUAGUGAAAAGAUUUAGUCAGAACUCUCUAAGUCAUAUGAUGUCAUACUUUUGUCGAGUCAAAAGUCGAGGACUUUCUAUUUAUAUGCAAGUAAAUCUGAAAAUAUUGAAUUUCAUCCUAAUCUUGACUCUGAUUUAGGAUUUGAGUAUUUUUUUUUUUUACCAUAAUUUUAAUACAAUUGUAUGUAGUAUGUCAUAACAUUGAAUUCUUAAAUCUCAUAAUUUUGGAUUAUGUCAAAACAUUAAUUUGGAUUUGCCUAGUCAAAGCUUUCUCUUCGCUUCUGACAAAAAGACAUGUUCAGAUUUAUGAGGUCAAAAUCUGAUAUACUGUCAUACAAUUUGGACUUAAAAGAUAUCUUUAAACAUUACCAAGUAUUUUAUUAGUAAAAAAAAAAAAGAAAUCAUUCCCAUCAUUUUUUUUUUUUCUUUGCAGGAAUGGGCUUCCAUAUGCAUCCGUUCAGUCUGAAGGUUUUUCCUCAUAGUCAUUAUGUUAAGCGUAGUGUAUGCAGGUAGUGUGUAGAUGAAGCUCAGCACAUUGUAACGCAAUUUUAGAAAAACACGCAGUGGAGCUUUUUUCUAUUGCAGGGGUCACUAUUUUAAACUAUGUGUUAUUGGAAUGCUGCAGCUCUGCAUGUCUUCGGUUUUUUUUUUUUUGUACCAAACUGCAGAUGGGUCAGCUUAAAGCAAUAGAGCACAUGGAAAGACUUAUUUUAUUGAUGAUGCCACUCGGUGUGUGUGUGAGUGAGCGUGCCAGGACGCGAUCAUGCUCAGUUCAAAAAAAAAAAAAGACUCAAUGUUGGAGUGCUUGAAGAUGCGUAUGUUGUUUUCUACGGGUGAUGCUCAGACGUGUGUUUGCUCGUGUCAUCGUGUGCCGCAUGUGAUAUGAGAGUCAGAAGUGAGGGAUUUUUUUUGGGAAGGUGGGUGUACAUUAUUUAAACCACUGUUCUCUUUGUAGCGCGUGGCUGUUAUAUUGUUUUCUGCUAUUUGACAAUGAAUUACUCUGCACUUAC